AUGAAAUUAUUAUUGGUUUCUGCGUCUUUGUUGGGGUUAUUUGGAACUCCACUAGAAGCGUCCUACAUUCCUGACGAUAAACACUUACCCUCAACAGAUUACUACUGGCCUACUCCCACUUCAAUUCCCACGGGUAGUUACCUACCCUCUGAAACUUCUGCUCCAACUAAUAGUCACGAUGCCACUUAUGAAAAGACAAGCGUAGAAAAUGAUGUCUCAUCGGACAAUAGUCAGUUUUUAAGCGUUGAUAAUGACUUUAAAGAGCAAAGGCACGUGUAUUUCUUCGCGGCACCUAGUGAAGAUGAGUACACUCAGCUACGUAUCAAUAUUCUUCCGAACGAUCAGAAAAACACAAAAAUCAUCUUUAUUAAGGUACCAAACCACGGCGGAUUUAAACCUGAAGUAGUCCAAUCGCAAUCGCUAGUUGAAGAUAAAACGCUCGUUUACCUCUUGGUGAAGAGGCCCGAAGAAGCGGCUCAGAUUAACGUACCUGUCAGGGUAACUACUGUCGGUGCUAAGCCCGAGGUGCAAUUUAUCAAAUACAACAAUCCGCACGAUGCCGAAGUCAAGAUUUCGAGUGCUCUUCAAGGCCAACAAGUGGGGUCUUCGGUUUCGGAGAUUGGAAGCGCACCGGGCUUUGUUGGAGUGCUGGGUUCUUCAAAGGAUGAGGUGGCGGCAAGUACGCAGUCAUCAGCGUCCAAACAUAAUACUGUGGCAAUUUUGAGACCGUCCGUAUCCAGUAAGGAUUGGUGGUAACUGGUAAUUGUGAUUGAUUUGUGUUUACUUGUAUAUAGUUACGUUGAUUUUGGUGUAAUUUUAUUUUCUUAAUAAUAACU